AUGCCACUGCCUUGCAGAACCGGAUGUGGAAGAAAUGCUAUGCUUAAGCGCCCGAAAACAGGAGAUGCUUUGUGCAAAGAAUGUUUCUAUUGUGCAUUUGAGACAGAAAUACACUUCACAAUCACAAAAGGAAAGCUAUUUAAUAAAGGGGACUCUGUAGCUAUUGCUGCAUCAGGAGGCAAAGAUUCCACAGUACUUGCACAUGUUAUGAAAACAUUAAAUCAAAGGUAUAACUAUGGGCUAAACCUUAUGCUUUUAUCUAUUGAUGAAGGUAUCACUGGAUAUAGAGAUGACAGUUUAGAAACAGUCAAACAAAAUAGAGAUGACUAUGAAAUGUCUUUAAAAAUCUUAUCAUAUAAAGAUUUAUAUGGCUGGACCAUGGAUGAAAUUGUGGCACAAAUUGGUAGGAAAAAUAAUUGCACAUUUUGUGGGGUGUUCCGUAGGCAGGCUUUAGAUAGAGGAGCUGCAAUGCUUAAUGUUAAAUGUAUAGCAACAGGCCACAAUGCUGAUGACAUAGCAGAAACAGUGCUUAUGAAUGUUUUAAGAGGAGACAUUGCCAGAUUGAAAAGAUGUACUGCCAUCUCAACCGGAAGUGAAGGAACCAUUCCUAGAGUGAAGCCGUUAAAGUAUACAUAUGAAAAAGAGAUAGUAAUGUAUGCUCAUUAUAAGAAAUUAGUUUACUUCUCCACUGAAUGUGUAUUUGCACCAAAUGCUUAUAGGGGUCAUGCUCGGGCUCUAUUGAAAGAUAUGGAAAAAAUCAGACCUACUUGCAUAAUGGACAUUAUUUACUCAGGGGAAACAAUGGCAGUUAAAGAAGAUAUCUCUUUGCCAUCACAAAGGAUAUGUUCAAGGUGUAAAUUUGUUUCAUCCCAAGAAGUAUGCAAAGCUUGUGUGUUAUUAGAAGGCUUAAACAAAGGUCUACCAAAGCUUGGUAUUGGUAAAAGCUCUAAAGCAAAAAAGAUGUUGGAAGAAUAUAAUGCAAAACAAAGUAGUUUAGCGAGUGCUAUAAAAGAUAUAAAUGAGGAAUCUAAGAAAAAUAAUUGCAUUUCUAAAGGAAAAAUCUGUAGGUCUUCAUGUAAGAGCCAUGCACAAGUAAAUAUUGAAACAACAGUUCAUUCAAACCAUUCAGAGUCAUGUUGUAAUGGGUCUUGUGAGAGAGAAAGAACUAAAAGUAAAUGUGAUUCGAAACUGAAUGUGCUUCUUAAAGAGUAUAGUAUUGACGAGACACAAGGUGUACCUAAUUCAAAUUUAUUAAGUGUUACAAAUAAGGACACUGAAAAUGUGGACUUUGAAGUUGAUCUUUACGAUGUAGAAGAAAAUGUUAAAGAAGAUGAUGAAACCUGUGCUGGAGCCUGUGGUAAAAUUGAUUCAUUGCAUAUAGGUUUU